AUGUGCUAUAAGUGCCUUCCUGAUCAUAGUCUCCAUUCUGAAUAGAUUGUUUAGCUUGAUAACUUAAGUGAUAAAAAAAACUUGGAUUGCCAAGAGAAUAUCAAUAGCUCUAUAGACAGCAACAAAAAUAAUAAGCAGGGAGUCAGUCCACUUAAGGUAAAUAGCGAAUUCAAUGGAUCUCCUUUUAUGUUAAAUAAUCUAGCUAACUUAAAAAUAAACUCCAGCUCAUAGGAGCCUUCAGAUUAAAACGUAAAAAGAAGUAGUGUUAAAAAUAGUUUUAGCAAAGUAAAAGAAUUCAAUUCAACAUCUAACAUAGAAGAAGAAAUACUUGACUAGGGUCAAAUCAAGCAAAAAAAGAAAAAAUCUAGCAUUUCUCUUGAUAAGCCAGAAAAAUAAAUACAACUUAACAAUAAUACACAAAGUAGAAAAUAAGAAUUUAGAGAUGUGUUUGUAAUUAAAGAAGAAAAUAUGGAUGAUGAUUAUACAAACUGUAAAAUUGAGAAUGGUGGUAAUUCUCAUUUGAAAAACACUAAUGCUUUACCUCAAAAUGGAAAGAAAUAUUCUAAAGAGUCUGCUCAAACUAAAGUUUUUGGGACAGAUAUGUUGUCACAAAUUUCCAGACAAAAAGGUAGUAGUUCCUAAAAAAACAUAAAUCAGUUACUAAGUUAAGCUUCCACAGUAUCUCCAAGCAUCUAACCUGUUGAGAAGAGUAUGAUGGAUGUGAUUUCUAAUACAACUAAUUAUUAUCCAUAAUAUCCCUUCUAUCCUCCUCAUAAUCCUUAUGAAAAUCCUUUCUAAUUUAGCACUAAUUUUAAUCCAGGCCACUAAAUGACUUAUCCUCAUCCACAUCCUUAAGGGUACCCACCAAAUUAGGUAAAUGCGCCUUUUUCUCACCUCUAUAACCAGUAACAUAAUUUUAACAAUAUGCCUCCUUACUAUCCUCCUACUCGUUCUUCUUAUAUGCCAAGCUUUAACCAUAAUUAUUAGUAGAACCACAUGCUUUAAGAGUAAGAAACUAAAGAAUAAUAUCAUACUAUAUCUGAUUCCAGUUCUAGUGAUAAAUAUUUUUCAAAAAAAGAUAAAUUAAGUAAUGAAAGAAGUCUCUAAAGAAAUUAAAUGAAAAAUGACAAAAUAGAUUUUGUUUCAUCUGAUGAAUCUUUGCAAUAAUAAGAAUAGACAGCUACAGACUUUUUUUAAAAUGGAGCUCUCUCUGAGUUGAUUAAGCAAAACGAAAACAUUCAAAAGAUAUGUGUUUAUCUUAGAACUUUAAAUGACAUUAAAAUGUCAGUAUGCACUAAAAUUGAGGCCAUGAAGAAUAAAUUCCUACAACAAAUAUAAAUGAAAGAAUAAGAUUUCAGUUAUGCAUUUUUGGCAAAUACUUUCAACCAAAAUAAUAACUAAGUAGAAGAAAACUUAAAGAGCUACUUUGCAAAAAUACAGCAACUAAAUUCCUUUUUUGAAAAGAAUUAACUAAGCUACAACCCUUAAGCUGCUAGCAAAUAGAAACUAAGCUAGAUUGAAUAAGAACUUGAUAGAAUGCUUUUUUUUACUAUUGAGAAAAUAGAUUAGGAAACUUUAAAUUAAACUAAACUAAUCAAGUAAGAACAUAUUGACCCUUUCAAAGAUAAUUCAGAGUAUGAAGAAUUAACAUAAUUUUAUCAAAACUAACCUGCUAAUAUUGAUGCAAUCAAAGACAAAAUAAACUUUUAUUCUUAGUGUUAGCUCGAAUUUGAUGGAACAUCAAAAGGAAACCCUGGAAGAUCUGGAGCUGGCUUUAUCAUCAAAGAUUUAUACACUGAGAAUAAAUUACUUGAGUAUUCAGUAGAAGUAGGAACAAAAACUAUCAAUUAAUCUGAGUAUCUAGCUUUAAUCUAUGGAAUGUAUACUUGCUAUAAGCUAGGUAUUAAGCAGCUUACAAUUUAAGGUGACUCUGAAGUUGUGAUAAAACACAUGUUAGGUGUUUACUAAUGCAGAAGCUAACAGCUCAGAGAAUACUAUAAUCUAGCUAAAAUUUUAGAUGAGCUUUUCCAUUUUAAGGACUACGUUUAAGUAAAAAAAGAGCUUAACACUGAAGCUGAUGCACUAGCCAAUCUAGCACUUAGUUGA